AUGUCCGAAGCUGAAGUGCAAGUUCCCGCUGAUGUCUUUGCCGAGGCAGCCUCGGAUCCCAGAUUGGCGGCAGCCAUCGAGCAGUUAAGUGAGGCAAUCGAGGCAGGCGCCGGAGACGAGUUGCACGUGGUCGCCAUAGACGGGGUCUUGAAGUGGACAUCGACCAACUUCGCGGGCACUGCCAAAACAUCUGACACAGGCGCCGCCCGCUACAUCGGUACCGGCUACAGUGUCGAGUAUCCGCCCACCAAGGGCACAUUUGAAUUGACCCUCACGCCGGUCACCGCGACCCUCGUCCUGAAGGAUGAUGUUGAAGGGAGGGAGGCUACAUACAAGGGGGAGGGUGUCUCGAAAGAUCUGAAUAAUACCUACAAAGGAAGGUGGGUUUGGUUUCCAUGA